GAUGUAACAGUAGGUGUUAGAGAUGGAGUGAGAGAGUCAGUCAUUUCAGAUCCGCAGUGCAAAUUCUCUCCCAAAUCCAACAGCAUGUCCUUCCCUCAUCCUCAUGGGAAAGAGAAAGUAAAACCUACGGGAAGUUUUACAGGAAAUUGUUAACGGCGGUUGAGAGCAGAACCUCCUAAACUCAUCAACUUUAUCUAAAUCACAAGAAAUAUUCUUCCAGCUCCAAGAAAAUCUGCAGACACUCAGCAAGAGUCUUACAGGCAUCAUGACCCUCCUUUAUAUUUACAUCUUAUGGGUCGCUGCCUGUGUGGACUCCAUCAGUGCAGAUUCACACAUUACUGUAUCAGCUCGAGUGGGUUCCACAGUCGUCCUGCCAUGUAACCUGAGAAAUGUGUUCACCAAAACACCACGUGUUCGAUGGCACAACGAUGUUGGGUUUGUGUUUGAGCGAAGCAGUGGUGGUACGCAAAUAGACCCAGGAUAUGAAGGACGUGUGGACAUUCCUGAAAACGAGCUGCGUAAAGGAAACUGUUCCCUGGUGUUGAAGAACGUCAGAAUCACUGAUGACGGUGCCUAUAGAUCCUUUGUGGUGGAAUACGUGGACAGAACUAACACAGACAAAAUGCAAGAUAUCAGCAGGGUUAAACUCUCAGUUGAUGCUUUUCAGAUAUCUGCUCAAGUGGGUUCCACAGUUCUCCUGCCAUGUGAAUGGAGCGAUCUGCCCAUCCAAACACCUCACGUUGAGUGGUAUAUCGAUUCUGAGACUGUGUUUGAGCGAAAGGGUAAAGAGUCAUUUCAGGGUGAGGGAUAUGAGGGUCGUGUGGACGUUCCUGAGGAUGAGCUGCUUAAAGGAAUCUGUUCCCUGGUGUUGAAGAACGUCAGUGCUACUGAUGCUGCUGUCUACAGAAGCUCCAUGGUAGUGACACACACAAAGAAAUCUGUCUUGGUCCAGAAAGUUGAACUCUCAGUCUACGAAAAUCCUGAAAAGAGGGAAGAGGAGCCAUCAGGUGAAGCUGGAAUAAAUUGGCCUCACCUGCUGAUCUUCAUCCUUUCCCUCUUUAUGUGUUUUCUCUUCUCACGUUGAGGAAACAUCAGCGUGAUCUCUCUGUGUACAGAGACUGAUUUAGGAAAAAGAAACAAGGAAGAUUUCAGUGUCUUUCAUCUACAUUGUCAACAAGUGAACAACUGUGAGGUUCAUGAGAACAUUUCUGACCCACAUAAAGCUGUGAUGCUGAAACACCACAAUAUCAGCACGUGAGAAAGACUCGGUAUGACCAAGAGCAUCAUACAAUCAUAGCUCCUAACAGUUGUUGGCUUCUCCUGUCUGCUUUGUCUGUUUUUUUAUAUAUUGGUUAUACUUUUUAGUGCAGAUGAGAGUAGUGUCUAAAGGUGUUGAUUUGAUUUGGAGGCAUUUAUUUGGUCUCCACUGAUUCUUAUUUCACUGCCUUUGAGCAGGUGCCAGCUUCUUUACACUGACCCAAAUACACAACUUUAAUUUACUCCACAGUGUAAAUUAACCAGUAAAGUUCAAGGAGUGUGUUCAUAAAGCGUUCUUAAGUGUGGAAUAAAGCCUGCAUUAUGAUAAGUGCUCUGAGCGUACAAGGUGCCUGAGGCAUUUCAGGUGUGUUUUAACUUGGUGACCAAGCUAGGGAACAGACCCAGCAAUCAUGCAUGUCAGGUUGCUGGAAAACCAAAUCAGUUCAAUUAAAUUAAAUUUUAUUUUUAUAGCGCUUUUAACAAUGGACCUUGUCACAAAGCAACUUUACAGAAAUGGUGAGGGCGACAGCAUCCAAAUAUCCCAGUUUACCAAAACAUUCUAUGCCCUUAAGCCCUCCAGAUCUGUGCCUUUUUCAAACACUGAUACUGUGUCUGAAUCCAGAACACUAAUUGGAAGGCUGUCCCAUAACUGUGGGGCUUUGUAAGAGAGCGUUCUGCCCCCUGUUGUAGACUGCACUAUUCAAGAUACCAAAAAAGAGCCUGCACCUUUGAUCAAACAGGCGUGCCCCACCUUGUAACUUACAGGACUUAAAGGAUCUGCUGCUAAGAUCUCGGUGCCAGAUACCACAGCACACCUUCAGAGGUCUUAUGGAGUCCAUGCCUCGACAGGUCAGGACCUACACAAUAUUAGGCAGGCGGUUGAACUCUGAAUAAGUGGCUGGAAGUGUUCGGGAUCUUUGUUGUAAUUCACAGCCAUCACUUUAUUAAGCUUUCCUUUCGUGACUGAUAUGUGAGCUCAUCGUUGAUCGCUGAUGGUACUAGCCCAUCUCAGGAGAUGGAGGAGAUGUUACAGUGCAGUGAUGUUUUCUCCUCGCCUAACAGUCAGAGUCAUGACAGAUCUAAUCAGAUGUUCAUCAAUGAGUAAACUGAAUCCCACAAUGACCAGCAAUGACUAACACCUUAAUGAACAUCUUAAUUAAGACAGUGUGACAAUCUGCAAAUACAUGUUGAGGUAGUUGUAUGGAAUUUCUUUAUUAACAAUACAGCAAAAUUCGGUUAAUGCACCCGUUAACCUUCCUGGUACUGUUGGUUUAUUAGUUUAUCCUCUUUCAGUCUUUUAGCCUGUUUUAUCACUCUCUCAUUCACUUCUCCAUCUCUGAGCUGAAGCUGAAACAUACAGUUCUGUACACUUUUAGGAAGUACACUGGACAAGUUUAGAAAGUUUGCUGCUGUAACUUGUUACUUGUAGCUGUAGCAGCAAUGUGCAGUGUUAUUUGUCACAGAGGACUUCAGUUUACAUAGUUUACAUCCUGUGUUACCUGGAAUCCACAGCACAUGUGGCAAAAAAGGUCACCAGCUUCUCUUUUUUCUGUAUCGAAAUUAAUAAGACCAAAAAAAAAAAAACUCAGCUUGUCAUGUUACUGCAAAACCGCAAAUAUCUCCUCUGUCCUGAAGAAGUCAGAAAUCUUGAAGUUACAGCUUUACCUCUGACAGUUACAGAAUGAUUUACAUUGUCAUUUUGUCAUUGAUUUAUUUAACCACACCUCUCAGAAUAUAACAUUACAAUGACAUCCACCAUUAACAUUCAGGUUUGAAACUAAAACUUCCCACUAUAUCAUCUUCUAUCACCAUGAAACUUAUAUAUGAGCUCAGUUAUCAGUAAAUAACUGUUUAUACACAAAUACUGAUGCAUUUUAUCAUUGGCUAUAAAAGAAAAUUAGCAUUUUUUCACAGAUAUGCUCAUUUUCAUGGGCAUUUGAUGUGUGUGUGGUUGGCUAAUAAAUGUUGUAAUUAGACUUAAACCAGCUUGUAGCGGUGCAGUUUAACUAAUAAUGGAGCUGAUUAGUUUCUGACUCUGUUAACUAGGAUUAAUCAGGAGUGUGUGAGCUACCCUCUCAUUUGAGUCACUGCUGCUAACACACUUGUCUGAAAGAAAAGAGAAUUCAAUCCACACACACACACACACAAUGAUCAUAAAUAAGUGAUAGUGGAUCUACAUAGUGAUUGUGAAUUGGGUUAAAGUUCUCACCUUAGUUCCUGGAACAGAACACACACAUGCAGAUAAUGUUUAUAAGAACAGAGAUUGAACACACACAGUAAUCCAGAAGAGUCCAGAUCCUGCAGACUGCUCGGGAUCAGGAAGCUCAGAUGAGUGACCUGGCUCGUGAUUAUGAUUAUCUGAAACACAAACACACAGUGACACAGAGAUCUCAGUAAAGUACAGAGAAAGGCCUGAUCUGUAGGAUUAAACAGGAAAGUGUACAAGUCCUUUUAGUGUUGCGUAUACACACUGCUCAGGUUCUGACUCGUAUUUUUAUGUAAGAAUAGAAAAUUCAUCUCUAUUCUCUAUUCUUUUUCAUUAAAAUGUCUCUCAGUAACAUAUUUGGGAAGUGACUUGCUAUCUGAAAUAUUUUUAUCAUCCACACUGCAUUGAUAUGAACUAAUUUAUCAUUUACAUCCUACAUCCAUUCUACGACCACUCCAAUAUAGAUUUUUAAUUAAUUUCAGUUUUAAAAUAUUUAGCCCUGACACAAAGAUCUGAUUAUCUGAGCGGAGAAUAUAUUCAAAUUCAGAUUCAAAUUUUAUUGGUCACACACACAGCAUGGUACACUGUACAACAUGCAAUGAGAUACUUUUUUAUGACUGUCCGUGGCAUAAAAAUAGAAUAAACCAGAACUUACUUGUAUACAAGUAGGAAGGGAAAAAAUAAUGUAAUAUGAGAUAUAAAAGAUAGAUGGCAGCAACAGUAUGGAAUAUAUUAGGAAGUUCAGAUAUGUGCAGUUUAUGUGUAACACAAUGCUAUGCAACGUCGGGCUGAGGUGGUUGCAGUGAACUUGCUAACAUAUGUAAUAAUGUUAUAUGUAUAUAUGUUAAUAAUGUAAUGGGGGGGGGACAAGUUUUGCCCAGUCUGCCCUGUAGUUGAGGCCGCAGCUCUGUGAAGUUGUCUUUAGUGUAAUGUGUGUUCAGAUGUGAUGUUUAGGUGUAU